CUGCAUAUAAAGCCAGGAACAGAGGAGGUGAUACAACUGGAAACCUGCUAGCAGGAUCAGUGCUUCACUGCAUUGUUCAAACCUUCCCAGACAAAUUUUGCAACGGAACAAGUAGAUGGCUGAGAGCGCACAGAAGAAGGGCUGCUGAUGGUCAUGCUGCCAAGCUCACCCUUUCACCAGCCUACCCCUGAGCAUGGCAGCUGUGACGGGGACGGGCUGCUGUAACAGCCCUGCUGUCCUGCUUUAAGAGCAGGCCUCUGUCACACAGGGACUGCACCAAGCCCAUCCAGCCCAGCCACCGCUGCAGCCCAAACCCACGGCCAGAAGGUUCUGAACCACAAACUUCACUCCUGUUUGCUUUGGUUGAGGGCAACUGCAAGAAGGAUCCUGUGUGCUUUGUCUUUCUCUGGCACUCUCUGCCUGGGGACUCGGAGAUAACGUGUCCUGUUUCCCAUACCACUCUGUGGGUAAACUGAGGCAUUUCGAACUGUUGGGUGGUGCGGCCUGUGACAGGCUGACGGGGCACUCCGUGGGGCAUGGGCAGCAUGGGCUGCAGGCGUGCAGCCCGGAACACAGUGUGCAGUGAGCGCCUUGGGCCCAGGCACCGGGUGCUCAGCCCUCGGGGAGUGGCACAGCGUGCUGGGGAGCGAGGCCGUGCUGGUGGGACUGCCCUCUGGUUUGGGCCCCCACACAAGCGGUGUGGUGCAGAGCUAGCUGUUUAUGUAUGACCAUGAACCAUGGUCUUCAGCAAUGACAGCGUGGGGCAGAAACAGGUGUCACCUUAAUACCUACCCAGAAAAGCCAAUUACCCCUGGAUGAUUAUGAUUAAUAACUCUCUAAGCCCUAAUCGCGCUGACACCAAUGCCUGGAGCUUACACCAGGGGGCACUUUAUAAGGGACGCCCUACAGCGGUGAGCGUAGCUGCUUCUCCCCGGGGUGACGGCGAAGGCUGGGCAGCGGGAGCCCAACUGCAGGGGAGAUUCCCCCACGCACAAAAACCGGCACCGAGUGUGACUGAAAGGCACCUCACAAACCGCAGCCAUGAACGGGACGGAAGGCCAAGACUUCUACGUGCCCAUGUCCAACAAGACCGGGGUGGUGCGGAGCCCCUUCGAGUACCCCCAGUACUACCUGGCUGAGCCCUGGAAGUUCUCGGCGCUGGCUGCCUACAUGUUCAUGCUGAUCCUGCUCGGCUUCCCCAUCAACUUCCUCACGCUGUAUGUCACCAUCCAGCACAAGAAACUCCGGACGCCUCUAAAUUACAUCCUCCUGAACCUGGCGGUUGCUGACCUCUUCAUGGUCUUUGGAGGCUUCACCACCACCAUGUACACCUCGAUGAACGGGUACUUUGUCUUUGGAGUAACAGGGUGCUACAUCGAAGGCUUCUUUGCUACACUGGGUGGUGAAAUCGCUCUCUGGUCACUCGUCGUCCUGGCCGUGGAACGAUACGUCGUGGUCUGUAAGCCCAUGAGCAACUUCCGCUUCGGGGAGAACCACGCCAUCAUGGGGGUUGCGUUCUCCUGGAUCAUGGCCUUGGCGUGCGCAGCUCCCCCGCUGUUCGGCUGGUCACGGUACAUCCCCGAGGGCAUGCAGUGCUCGUGCGGGAUCGACUACUACACGCUGAAGCCGGAGAUCAACAACGAAUCCUUUGUCGUCUACAUGUUCGUGGUCCACUUCACGAUCCCACUGACCGUCAUCUUCUUCUGCUACGGGAACCUGGUCUGCACUGUGAAGGAGGCUGCCGCCCAGCAGCAGGAGUCUGCCACCACCCAAAAGGCAGAGAAGGAAGUGACCCGCAUGGUGAUCAUCAUGGUCAUUGCCUUCCUCAUCUGCUGGGUUCCCUAUGCCAGCGUCGCUUUCUACAUCUUUACCAACCAGGGCUCAGACUUUGGGCCCAUCUUCAUGACCAUCCCGGCAUUCUUUGCCAAGAGCUCUGCCAUCUACAAUCCCGUGAUCUACAUCGUAAUGAACAAACAGUUCCGUAACUGCAUGAUCACAACCCUCUGCUGCGGCAAGAACCCACUGGGCGAUGAGGACACGUCUGCUGGAAAGACAGAGACCUCCUCCGUCUCCACCAGCCAGGUGUCCCCUGCGUAGGCCCCACUGCACCAACCUUGCCCACUGCCAGCGCCUGCCCGCUUCAGCACAGCCCUGCGGGGCGGGCUGCUCUCCUAACAAUAGGAACCCUGGGAACAAGGCUGUGAAAAUGUACACGGUUUUGUAAUUAAAAUGCAAAAGCUUAGCUCCUCCACUGGCAUAACUCCGUGCUUCUCUCUCUGUUGAUUCACUGAGAGCUCACACCUGUUGCACCAUGCAGGCCCUGCAAAGCCCGGGCACAGCGGAGCCACUGCCA